AUGACGACGUUGUUUGCAGCAGCGGCGCUCAGAGACCCUAAGCUUCAGAUCCCGACCUACCAUGGCUUUCGGUCUUCAUCCACCGCAUCUUCCCUCUUUCGCAAUGCUCUCUCCGUCCCUUCAUCCACUCGCUCCUCCUCCCUCAUACGCGCUGUUUCCACUCCUGAAAAGUCUGAAACUGCUACUGAGAAGAAGAGGAGCAAAGUUGAGAUAUUCAAGGAACAGAGCAAUUUCAUAAGGGAUCCUCUUAACGAGGAUAUGUCGAAUGAUGCGCCUAAUUUAAGCGAAGCGGGAACGCAGUUGAUCAAGUUUCAUGAUAGUUAUCAACAGUACAACAGAGAUGAGCGUGGUUCAAGAACCUAUUCGUUUAUGAUACGAACGAAGAACCCUUGUGGUAAAGUUUCAAACCAGCUUUACUUGACUAUGGAUGAUCUUGCUGAUCAGUUUGGAAUUGGGACCCUACGUUUGACUACUAGACAAACGUUUCAGCUGCAUGGUGUUGUUAAGAAGGAUCUUAAAACGGUUAUGGGUGCUAUUAUUAGAAAUAUGGGCUCGAGUCUCGGUGCCUGUGGUGAUCUUAAUCGGAAUGUGCUGGCUCCUGCUGCUCCUAUUGUGAGGAAAGAUUAUCUCUUUGCUCAAGAAACAGCAGAGAAUAUUGCUGCACUUUUGACUCCUCAAUCUGGUUUUUACUAUGAUGUUUGGGUAGAUGGGGAAAGAUUUAUGUCAGCAGAACCGCCUGAGGUAGUUCAGGCACGAAAUGACAAUUCUCAUGGGACAAACUUCACAGAUUCACUUGAGCCCAUUUAUGGAACUCAGUUCUUGCCGAGGAAAUUCAAAAUUGCAGUUACUGUGCCGACUGAUAACUCCGUGGAUAUUCUCACAAAUGAUAUUGGUGUUGUUGUUGUUACUGGUGAUCAUGUGGAGCCUCAUAUGUGUGUGAUGCACAAUACUGCACCGUUCUGUAGCUAA